GAGUGCCACAAGUCAUAAAGAGAAAGAGGAUCCAGUAAGUUUCACCUUUGGGGUACUUCUUCUUCUACUACUGACCUGUCCCAUUAUUUGUAGCUUUCCUUCUUCUUGCAUGGCCUAUAUAACACGGAAACUUAGCCCUCUUCUCCAAGCCUCCCUAUAGGAAAGCAUUCUUUAGGAGGGGAGGGAGCAAAGCAUGUCUGAGACAAGGGGAUCAUCCGGCAAAUAUGGGGACAUGGAGCUAAGGAGAGGGCCAUGGACUCUGGAGGAGGACACACUCCUCAUCCACUACAUUGCUUGUCACGGCGAAGGCCGGUGGAAUCUCCUCGCUAGGUGUUCAGGCUUGAAGAGAACCGGCAAGAGUUGUCGACUGAGAUGGUUGAAUUACCUGAAACCCGACAUAAAGCGAGGCAACCUUACGCCCGAAGAGCAACUCAUGAUUCUUGAACUCCACUCCAAGUGGGGAAACAGGUGGUCUAGAAUCGCACAACAUCUACCCGGUAGAACGGACAACGAGAUAAAGAACUACUGGCGGACUCGAGUGCAGAAGCAGGCGAGACAGCUCAAGGUCGACGCCAACAGCGCCAUGUUCCGAGACGCCGUGCGUUGCUAUUGGAUGCCGAGGUUGCUUGAGAAGAUGGGCUCUUCCCACACCAUGCAAUCUCUUGGUGCCUACACCACCACGACCGACCAGGCUCCGCAAGAUCCUCGCCAUGAGCUCGUCAACCCAAGCAUGCAACAUCACCAGUUCGGAAGUCUCACCUCCUACGAGCCACCGGCAGUAGCGGAGAAUCGCAGGCCCAGCAGCUCUUCCUGCUCCACCGUCCUCCCUCGGCUCCCGGUUACCGUGUCCGAGUUCCCAUCAACAGCACCCGACGAGCUGGAUGGCGUCGCAUUCGAUCCACUCUCUAGUGGCCUCUCCAUGAACAAUGCCUACGACCUAGGCACCUGGGACCUAGCCCCGGUGUCGGCACCAGCGCUUGGCUAUUCGGCGUCGCCCGAUUACACUGUAGCUAACAGCGACUGCAGCAACACCAUUGUCGAUGGCUUGUGGAGCUUGGACGAGUUAUGUGACAUGUUAAAAAGCUACAUCAGUGGCGCAGAUCCUAAGGUUCCUUUCGGUGAUAACUCUUAGGGGCCAAAAAGCAUGUAGCACCUCAAAGUGAACUGUAUACUCUGUUCCUGCUUCUUACACUUGAAGCCAGCUAGUCCUCCUUCUCCGUGUGAUCGAUCCAUUUCGGUAAAGGUCGUCAUCAUCUUCUUGA